AGGUGAGAGGCCGAGUGAACGAGGGAGCGAGUGAACGAGGGAGCGAGUGAACAAGGGAGUGUGUGAGAGAAGGAGAGAGAGAGAGAGAGAGGGGCCAUGGAGCAGCAGAGACAAAGGACUCUCUCCACAUCUGGAGAAUCUCUGUACGUCGUGCUGGGAGUGGAGAAGAGUGCCACUGCAGAGGACAUCAAGAAAUGUUACAGGAAACUGGCGUUAAAGUUUCACCCAGAUAAAAACCCUGACAAUCCAGACGCAGCCGAAAAGUUCAAGGAAAUCAACAACGCCCACUCCAUACUGGUCGACACCACCAAGAAGAACAUCUACGAUAAGUACGGCUCGCUGGGGCUCUAUGUGGCAGAGCAGUUUGGAGAGGAGAACGUCAACACCUACUUCGUUCUGUCCAGCUGGUGGGCGAAGGCCUUGUUCGUCUUCUGCUGCCUGAGCACAGGUUGUUAUUUCUGCUGUUGCCUGUGCUGCUGCUGUAACUGUUGCUGUGGUAAAUGUAAACCUCGGCCGCCCAUGGACCAGGAGCCGGACUUCUACGUCUCCCCCGAAGACCUGGAGGCCCAGAUGACGGCUGACGAGAGAGGUGAGGCC